AUGACAGAGGAGGUUGGCCAGAAACUUUUAGAAUCUCUAUCAUUAUUCAAACUUGGUGAUAUUGGCUAUGCACGGAUUGAAUGUGAGCUGCUAACUACGUUUCUAGAAGAGCAGUUGGAAAACAACUUAGACAGUCUUUCAAUCCACGAACUAUCCACAAAUCUAAUUAGAAACCGGAUAUGUUGCAGAGAAUUCAUCGAAAGCCGGCCGGCCAAAAAAUGGGUUUUUCUUAUUUUUCGAUUGGCGCGAACUUUGUUCAGGGACAAGACACGAAUUGCGACGUUUCACUCGGUUAAUCUACACUCGGAAUUCGUUCAGGUAUUUUGGAGAAACCUGACAUAUCAGACAAAAUCUUACCGAAAUUGCAAAUUUCAGACGUUCCAAUUCAUUGCGUCCAGAUUUCUUCGCAGUGAACACGACUGGAAUGUCACUGUGGUUAACUGUUUGAAUGUAACACAAAAACUAAUCGAUAACGGGGAGAAUGCGCGCAAGUUCGUGGACUGUAAUUUGGAAGACGCUGUCCUUGUGCUGCUUGCCACGCGGCAAAUGACAGUGCUUCAGCAUUCGUUGGAGAUUCUCGGAAGACUCUCCGAUUGGUCCACAACUUGUCGGGAGAAUUUGUGUGAAUCAAAUACGAUUGACGUGUGCCUUCAGCUCAUACCAGAUGGGGAUAUUUUAACGCAAAAACUCUGCAUAAGCCUUCUUCGAAUUCUAUCCUGCGAAGAACAGGCCCGAGAACAAAUCCGAAUCUAUGACGGUGUCCCAACUCUCCUCGGACUCCUUUCCAUCAAAAAUUCCCGUCUACAAUGGCACGUGGCAUGGACCUUAGCCCAACUUGCCGAGCAACAUGAAACGUCCUUAGAAAUAGCACAACUCGGCGGAAUAAGUUUGAUCUUUGCCGCCAUUUCCAACCCAAAACCACCUGGAAAAGCUGUGGGGGACUGGGUGGCCAUGCUCACAGGGCUCACGGCUCUUCUGGCUCAAUUAGCGCAAGCGAGUAGUAAUCAACAAUUGAUGUCUAACGCGAACGGAGUUUAUAUUUUGGGGAAAUUAUUGGCUAUCAAGAAGAAUGUUACUACAGAUGAAACUAUAGAUUCUUGGGAUUUACUCCAAUGUUCGAUCUUCCGGGUUCUACGGUUAAUGUACACUUUUGAAAGAUCCCGUCAGUUGCUGAAGAAGGUGUUACCCACAGAAAUUUUCGAAAAAUUUGUGGAUGUUGGAAAUUAUAAUAGUGUUCUUACGGAUUACGAUCAAAUUGCCAAAAUGUACGAUAAUCUUAUUGAAGAGAAUAUUGAAAUAAUGAAAGACUGGGAAACUGUAAAUGAACGAAGACAGGCAGUUGGAGAAGUUGGCGAAUACGAACUUCUUGAUCAGCUGGGAGCCGGAGCAUUCGGAUGUGUGUACACAGUUCGAAAGAAGGCACAGAGUCAUUCGGAAAACCCGGCUAAACUACUUGCACUCAAGGAGAUAUUCAUGACGAAUUUGAACGACAGGGAAUCUGAUAAAAGUUUUGGUGAUAUGAUUAGUGAAGUGAAGAUUAUUAAACAACAGUUGAGGCAUCCGAAUAUUGUUCGGUAUCGGCGAAUUUUCGUAGAGAAUCAUCGAUUGUAUAUUGUGAUGGAUUUGAUUCAAGGGUGCUCACUUCGUGACUUAAUUAUUACAAUGAAGGAGAAGAAAGGAAAUUUUGAAGAAAAAAAGAUUUGGGCUAUGGUUGUACAGAUGAUGUUAGCCCUUCGCUAUUUGCACAAAGAAAAGCAAAUUGUACAUCGAGACUUAAAGCCAAAUAACAUAAUGAUGACGACAGACGAGCGAGUGGUGAUAACUGAUUUUGGGCUGGCAAAGCAAAAAGGCCCAGAAUAUCUGAAAUCGGCGGCGGGUACCAUUAUCUAUAGUUGUCCGGAAAUUGUACAGAAUUUGCCAUAUGGAGAGAAAGCGGACAUUUGGUCAUUUGGUUGCUGUAUCUAUGAAAUGUGUCAACUCCAACCGGUAUUUCAUUCAACAAAUAUGCUAACUCUAGCCAUGCAAAUAGUCGAAGCAAAGUACGACCCGUUAAAUGAAAUGUGGAGUGACGAUCUUCGAUUUCUCAUAACUUCCUGCCUGGCACCAGAUCCUUCUGCCAGACCAGACAUCUUGAAAGUAUCUGGAAUGUGCGGAGUCCGUCUUCUUGAAUAUCUUGACGAUGUGGCACGUCAACAAGCAAGUACUUCAGAUAUGACUGCUUCACAAUCUAGUUAUAAUAUCAAAAUCGAUGAAUCCCCAUCCUCCCUGAAUUCCUCCACAAGUUCCUAUAAACGUCCUGGAAGGUCGUCAAAGACAUCAGGGAGUGGAAAGCUGCCACCAAUUAAUCCAGCGCCACGUCGGAAUCACUCAAUGUCAGCCGGGGAGACGCCACGUCCUUCCAGUAUUGUAUGCCUUCCACGCAUCACUGACAAGUACAGUGUCAUGUUUCCAUCAGCUCCAUCUGCAAUUCCAAGUCGUCGUCGUGUUCAAACAUGCUCUACUGAACAUCCGGCUCGAAGCUCUUCCUCCACAGAGCUCAAAGUCUCAAAGCAAUCCGAUGGUCUGACAGUCAGUAGUAAUGUACUCCGCCAGAUUCAAGAUCCAGUACUGACGAUUUUGAAUCAAAUUCAUCGAAUACUAGUAGUAACUGAUAAGGAAACAAUUUCAACAUCAAUGAACCAUCAAAGAAGACUUGUUGAAAUGUUUCGAAAAAACUUGCUUGGGCGGGAAAAUGAUGCGGUUCAGAUGAAAACUCACUUGAGAAAGUUGGCUGCCGAGUCACCAGAGGAAAUUCAAAUGAAUUUGGGUUUCUCGGAUUUUCGUCCGGUUUUGGUGCAAUCUCAUAUUAAUGGAUAUCAAAAAGACCAAAAAGUGACAAAAAUCACGUACGAGCAAUUGUCAGCGUGCAUUGAAUGUUUGAUUGCAGAAAAUCCAGCAGCGAAGUGACAUAUGCUAAAUUGUAUAUACUGUUUUUUUGUAUAUUAUUGAUUGAUUACUGUCAUAAUUUGUUUUAGUGGUGGAAGCAUAUUUAAUGAAAAUAAGGGAAAAUCCAAGAUGUGGGCGGAGCCUAUUAGCAAUAGUAUUUCAAUAGUACAUCAGGUACCUUUCUUCAUGCCUAUCUAUAAGUUUAAAUAAUACUUAUUUUCUACAUUUUG